AUGGCGUCUCUCAACCUCUCUACAAACGGCGCCUCCAUAAAGAGCAGCUACAAUGCUGUCGUUGGCGGAGAAGCGGCGGCAUCCGGCUCGCCCACCUACGCUCAGUGGGCGCUCUUCUCUGUCCAAGCUCCCCUAGUCAACGCUUUCCAGGACAGCGGUUCCAAGGAGAGUGUGCUCAAAGUUCAAAGCACAGGCGAUGGCGACCUCACCGAACUGAUUGAGGACUUCAGCGAGGGCCGAAUCCAGUUCGCUUUCGUCAAGGUCAAGGACCCCAAUUCGGGUCUCCCCAACCACUUGGCUGCCGUGUCUAAGGUCCUUCACGGAUAUCACGUCCAGAUCACCGCCCGCUCCGACAGCGACCUCGAGCCUGAAUCCAUCAUGCGCAAGGUUGCCGAUGCGUCGGGCGCCAAGUACUCUGCCGGAUCCUCGGCCGGAGCUGCCACACAUGCGCCUCCGCCAGUCAAGGCCAAGCCUGUUUUCACACCUUCGUCGAAUGCCGGCGCUGUCGAUGCGGAUGGUUGGGGGGCCGACGCUCCUCCCGUCACUCGGACACAGAUCGAAAAGGUCGCGCCUGCUUAUCAGCCAACCAAGGUGAACAUGGCAGAGCUUACAAGUCAGAAGCAGGAGCCUUCGCGCUUCGCCGGCGCGCCCCGACAGGAGACGGGCUCGUCUGAUGUUGUUGGAGGCGGCUACCAGCCUGUGGGCAAAGUAGACAUUGCGGCCAUCAGGGCACAGGCCCAGAAGAAGGGAGAUGACAGACCCACGCCGGUCAAGGGAGCGGCUAAGGCGCAAAAACCAGCAGAACCAGCUGCAGAAGAAGCGGAGCAAGAAACUCAGAGCUUUUCCGAUCGAGCAGCUGCUUUCUCGCAGCCAAGCGCUGGACGGCUGACCUCACUCCCCAAGCCUACCGUUGCCAAGAAGUGGUCCGGUGCCUCUGCCUUCACCGGCACAAAGGCGCCAUCCCCGGGUGGUCUCGGAUUCGGUGGCCCGGCCGCCCCAGCAGCUGCCCCAGUUGGAGCUGCUAGCCGGACGUUCGCAGACCAAGGCGGCAAGACCCCAGCUCAGAUCUGGGCGGAGAAGAAGGCAAGAGAAGGCGGAAGCAUUAGCGGCAUCCCUGCCGCUCAGUCGCCAGUGCCACCUGCUCAGCAGGCUCAGCAGACCGGCGGCUCGUCUUCUUGGAAGAGUGGUUACACGGGCAAGAGCUGGGCUCCAGUUCAAACCGGAGGAGCCACACGUGGUGCUCCCGAAUCUGCGGAUCAGCAGGAGGAAGAGACUAGAGAGGCUGCGGAGGACGAGUCCUCGGGUCCCUCGGGCGUGUCUGCCUUGAGAGAUCGGUUUAAGAACACCGUUCCCAUCGGGGCUGGCCAACCCCCGACGACUCGGGCAGUCGAGGAGGAGUACCAGGCCCCACCGCCUGUUCCAGAUGGCUCCAGGCCAGCUGGAGGCUUCGCCCUCCCCGGCCUCCCCAGCCGCCCAGCCCCUGCGGACGAGGAAGAAGAAGAGGAAGACCCCUCGGCAUACCAGCCCGUGGCCCAGGAGCGGGAGCGCUCGCCAUCGCCAAUCCGUGUCGCCGUGCCUGUGGCUCGCGGCCCCGAGCCCACUAUUGAGCGGCCCGAGGAGCGCGCACCUCCUCCCCUCCCUGUGGAGGAAGUCCCAGUUCCCAGAGAGGAGGAGCUUCAAGACGAGCACGAGGCCGGCCACCUUGCAAGAGCCGCAGCUGGUGCCGUGGCGGAGCAGACGUUUGAGCACGCUCCUCAAGUGGCCGACAGUCACGACCAGCAAGGCGGCAAGCGUGCUCUGGUUCAGUAUGAUUAUGAAAAGGCCGAGGACAACGAAAUCGACCUGGUCGAGGGAGAGUACGUUACCAACAUUGACAUGGUGGAUGAUGACUGGUGGAUGGGAACCAACGUCAGGGGAGAAAGCGGCCUAUUCCCUAGCAACUACGUCGAGCUUGUUGAGGAUGACGCUGCCGCGCCGCCCCCUCCGGCCGCCCCCGUUGCCGCCCGAGAGCCAGAGCCGGCGCCGGCACCUGUGGCCCCUGCUGCUCCACCAGCAGCGCCGGCCAGCGCAGCUGCAGGCCCGACAGCCACGGCUUUGUAUGACUAUGAAGCUGCCGAGGACAAUGAACUGAGUUUCCCUGAGGAUGCUACGAUUACCAACUUGGAGUUCCCUGAUGAGGACUGGUGGUUCGGUCACUACGGCGGCCACUCGGGUCUCUUCCCCGCCAACUAUGUCAAGCUUGACGAGUAA